AUGGCCGAAAAAAUCAAAGCUUUUGAACUCAGAAACAAAAACAAAGCUCAAUUACAAGAGCACUUAAAAGAACUCAGAACUGAACUCGCCAGUUUAAGAGUUGCUCAAGUCAAAGCUCCAAAUCCAUCCAAAUUAGGUAAAAUUGGUACUGUCCGUAAAGCUAUUGCUCGUGUUUUAACCGUUUACAACCAAACCCAAAAGACUCACUUACGUGCCGUCUACGCCAAAAAAUCAUCAUCAAAGAUCCCAUUAGAUCUUAGAUUCAAAAAAACUAGAGCCAUCAGAAGACGUCUCUCAACCAAACAAGAAUCAGCCGUCACCCUCAGAACUGCCAAAGCCAGAAAACAUUUCCCACAAAGAGUUUUCGCUGUUAAAGCUUAA